CACGUGCAGAUGUUUACGUCCUCCUCUCUGUGACGUCACAGUCCUCAUCGGAUGCGAAACAUUCGCGAUGUUAAAGAUGCGGAUUAGCGAACAAAAGGCCUCGCGGGUGACGCGACGCGCGCAGGUGUGAACGCGCAGUGAUGCGCGCGUCAGCGGACGAGUCGGGACACAAGAACAGACGGGAAAUCGGUGUUAUUAACGGUCCGAGUGUUUUUUUCCUCCGCGUCCGUUAGGCCGAGGUGCCCGGAUUCCGUGUGAACGCGCUUGCUCUCUCUUUAUCAUGUCGUUCGCGAUGGAGGACGCGCUGGAGUCCGGCUGGGUGUCGGUGCGACCGAAUGUGUUCGAGGAGAAAGAGAAGCACAAGUUCGUCUUCAUCGUCGCCUGGAACGAGAUCGAAGGAAAGUUCGCCGUCACGUGCCACGACCGAACCGUCCAGAAACGGAGCGCCGCGCGGGACUCGCUGCUCGAGGGCGAGCAUGCGGUCGGAGACGCGCCUCCCCCGGUCAAGAGCCCGGGCCGAGAGCGAGCCGAGCCCGGUAGAGCGGAGCUGGAGCUCCCUGAGCCCGAUGACCCGCCGCCGGACUCCAGCUGGGCCGGACUCUUCUCCUUCCAGGACAUGCGCGCCGCUCACCUGCAGCUGUGCGCCGUCAACUCGGACCUGGAGCCGUGUCUGCCCGCCUUCCCCGAGGAGCAGACGGUGUGGUCGGUGCUGUUCGGGGCCCCGGAGCUGAGCGCGCGCGACACGGACGCGCUCUGCUUCCAGCUGCAGGUGUACCUGGGGCACGCGCUCGACACCUGCGGGUGGAGGAUCCUGUCUCAGGUGCUGUUUCCGGACAGCGAUGACUCCGAGGAGUACUACGAGAGUCUGAGCGAGCUGCGGCGGAAGGGCUUCGAGGACGCGCUCCAGAGAGCCAAGACACACCUGCAGCAGCUGCUGGAGAAGCAGCGCGGCGUGGAGCGGAUGGUGGAGCUGCUGCAGCUGUACGCGGAGCAGGACGAGGCGUAUGGAGAUCUGGUGGAGGCCACUACUGAACUCUACCACUAUCUGCUGCAGCCCUUCAGAGACAUGCGCGAGCUGGCCAUGCUGCGCAGACAGCAGAUCAAGAUCUCUCUGGAGACGGAGCGUCUGGGUCCGCGGCGGGUGGAGUCUCUGCGCAGGGAGGAUGAGGACUGGCAGAGGAAGGCUCACACUGCAGUGCUGUCCAUACAGGACCUGACGGUCAAAUACUUCGAGACCACGGCCCGCGCUCAGAAAGUGAUGUACGAGCGCAUGCGUGCCGACCAGAAGAAGUUUGGGAAAGCUGCGUGGGGGGCAGCAGUGGAGCGUAUGGAGAAACUCCAGUACGACGUUUCUAAAGAAACACUGCAGCUGAUGCGUGCCAAAGAGAUCUGCCUGGAACAGAGGAAACACGGACUGAGAGAGGAGAUGCAGGGUCUGCAGGGGGGCGAGGAGGCCAUGGUGCGUCUGGAUCAGCUGGAGAGCAUGUACUACGAGCUCCAGCUUCAGCUCUACGAGAUCCAGUUUGAGAUCCUGAAGAACGAGGAGCUGCUGCUGACGGCACAACUGCAGAGUCUGCGCAGACAGAUGAGCGAGAGGCAGGAGGAGGUGGUUUACUACGACACCUACGAGAGUCCGGACGCCAUGAAGUCCAGCGACGACCCCUCGACCCCUCUGACCCCCCCCAGAGACGACAUGGCCAAACUCCAGCAGAGGACCAGACAGCUGGAGGCUCGCAGAGGACGCAUCACCGCCAAGAAAGCCUACCUCAAACACAAGAAGGAAAUCUGCAUCAUCAAUCACACGCAGAAACGGCAGGGCGGCCCGGAUGGCGUUUCCCAGCAAGCUUUGCUGCAGGAGGAAGAGGAGGAAGAGGAGCAGCGGCUGUCCAGAGAGAGUCAGGAGAGACAGAGGACACUGGACCGACUGCGCAGCUUCAGACAGCGCUACCCAGGUCAGGUGACCCUGAAGUCCACUCGUCUGCGUCUGGCGUACUCCAGGAAGAGAGCGGGCCCGAGGCCAGAGCAGACGCAGACGCAGGCGGUCAGUGUGCAGACGGACAACGCUCUAGCAGGAGUCCCCGAGCUCCGCCGGCCCGAGAGCUUCCUGUCGCUGCCUCCGAUGGGCGGAGCUGUGGCCGAAGCCCCGCCCCCUGACACACACACAUCACUUCCUCCCUCCAGAGAGCUGCUGCUGCUGGACUCGUCCACCUCGCCCAUGUCCCCGCCCCCUCCUCCCCCGCCCCCUCCACCUCCUCCCCCACCCCCCUCUCUAGAGGACAUGCCCCAAGAGGCCCCCCCGCUGACCGCCAGACCGGAGUCUCCGCUCGGACCCUUCACCGCACGCUUCUUCGACAGCAGUCAGCUGCUCAACGCCAGGAAGAAGCUGAGGAAGACGGCGUCGCUGGAGUCCAGUCAGUGGAGGAGAGCGAGCUCCCCGAUGGACGAGGUUCUGGCCAGUCUGAAGCGCGGGAGCUUCCACCUGCGGAAGGCCGAGCUGCGUGUCCUGGCUCCCGAUCCGGACGAGGACGAGGACAACAACAUCCUGGCUCAGAUCCGUAAGGGAGUGCAGCUGCGUAAGGUGCGCAGACAGGAGCGCAGCUGCAGAGGAUCGACUGCGAUGGAGUCUGACCCGCUGACCCGCAGCAUCCACGAAGCCCUGCGCCGCAUCAAAGAGGCUUCACCCGAGUCUGAGUCUGAGUCUGAGGACGAGACGCCCGCCGGUGCCGACUGGGAGAGCUGAAGCCCCGCCCCCAGCCUCCUCACCAUCAUCAGUGUGUGUGUGUGUGUGUGUGUGUGUGUGUACCUCACAGCAGAUCACUGAGGCACAGGCUGCUCGGAGAGUUUAUUACACUUACUACUCCUUCAUUUACUCUUAUUCUCUUCUUUUUGUCUUGACGUAUGUCUCCAUUCAUGUUCUCCUGACCCUCCAUCUGACCGACGUCUUUAACCAACAACACAAAACAUUUCAAUAAAAUAGCUAUUAAAUGUUACAUAAAAAAACUUAAUACAUCACUAUUAUAAACCGGCAAAUAAAUAAGAACCAAAACCGAUAUAAAAAUAAAUUAAACCUAAAUAGUAUUAAAAUAAUAACAUUUCAUAAAAAGGAUAAAAGCACAUAGCAAAAUUACUCAAAUUAAGCUUUUUAAAAAUUUUAAAUAAAAUAUACAAAAAUAGAAACUGAAAUUAUACAAAUUCAAAAUAUUAAUAAAAACUAUGUCUCUGUAUGUAUACAGUAUUUAUCUACACACACAAACACACACACACAAUGUUACAAAAUCAGACGUUCCUUUAAUUAUAUUAUGAAAAUGUUACUUCUAAAUGAUCAAAACAUCCAAGUUUAUUAAUUAUGAAUUUAUUAAUGUUCAAAAACGAUUAUUCUCGAAUGUCCGAGCAUUAAAGGAACAUUCCACUUGAUCAAUCUGCAAACAUUAUCCUUGAAUAUUCUCUGAACUGAGAAACGGAGAUGUUUCAGAAGUAAAUACUGUUUUGAGAGCAUUAUUAAAGAGCAGAUAAGUGAAGAAACAUUCUGAUAGCGCGGAGACAAUCAUAACAACAUGAUGUUUAAUCACACACUUCAGGAGAACAUGAGUGAGAUCUUUCUCCAGGUUUGGUCUGAAUGAAGGUUUGCUUUAUUGUGUUGGUGUCUGUGACUCUGUGUGUGUCCAGCACUGACCCAUCCACAGGCCUGCAGACCCGCGUUUACCCAUGAUGCCGUGCGGCACGCGUCUGAGCGUAAUUUGACAUGUUUUCAUCACGUGUACUGUAUUUAGCUUUUGAUAUUAUUUGUCUGAAUCAUAUUAAUUGUUCUGUAUGUUAUAUGCAUUAUGUGGUCAGUCAAACCCAAUCCACUGAAACACUACAGUCGUGUGCAAUAUUAUAUUAGAAACUGAAAACAGAACUUCUGAUGUAUGAUAAAGCGCAGAUCCAUCGCAUGUUUGCCCACAGGACACCUGUAUUUAUUGAGUUUCACGAAAUAUUUAAAUAUGUAAAGCAAUAUCAUAAAAUGUAUACUGUUUUUUUUUUUUUUAUCUUCAGUUUGGUUUUUACUCUGCUUUUCCAAACAUUGUACUCCUAAUAGUUAUUUGAAUUUGCAUUUUGCCCCUUACAUAAAUAAAGUUUCAAUAGAAAUCGC